UGACCUAGCUCGAUCUGAAAUUGAGUUUUUUCGGCUCUUCUAACACAUAUCUCGGAUUUAUGUAUCUAGCUAAUAAAGACAGCUGACCGUUCAUCUGAGGAUUUAUAAAUUUGUCUAGACUCCUAAUCUAUCAUGGCUAAACAGCGUGCUGCAUUUUUCAGUGCUGCUGAAUUGCAACUUAUAAUGGAAGGAUAUGAGGAAGUUAAACAUUUAAUAAAAACCAAAGGGAACACUAUAGCGGCUGCAAAAGUCCGUCAGGGUGCGUGGCGAAAAAUAACUGCCAAAUUAAAUGCAUCCAGCCCUAUGGGACCUAGAAGAACGUGGCAACAAGUGAAGACGAAAUACAAGAACAUCGUUCAAAGUGCUAACAAGAGAAAGGCUGCGCUGAAGAAGAUGAGACUAGUCCCAACAAAAGAGGAGCACAUAGAUGAAGAGGAGCUGCCCCCUGAGAACAAUGUGGACAGUCCUAUCAUAGCGAGCAUAGGUGGUGGCUGCUCGUCUGAUCCAGGAGAUCCAGCUGGCUGCAGCAGUUAUGUCACAGUGACUGAACAUGGACUGGCCCUACUUCAGCCACCUGUAUUAUCAGAUGAAGAACUGGACUCUGAACCUGUGGAAGAUGUUAAGACACUAUACAAGAAGUAUCUCCAAGUAGAGAUCUCCAACAGAAAGCAAGAAAUGGCAUACAGAGCUUUAAAAAUGCGCAAAGUGAAGAAGGAAAUUCAGUUAUUGGACUGGAAAUUGGAUGCAAGCUGAUCCUUCAUGUUGAAAAUAAAC